ACGCGGCGAGUGUAAUCGUUCUGCUGCAACUAAAACCCCUCGACACAAUAGCAACUAAACCCUCGGCCUCACCGGUCUCGUUAGGGUUUUGGGGGCCGGCGUCGCGCCAACGUACCGCACCUUCGCAGCCUCCUCCUCCUCCUCGACCUCCACCACUUCGUUACUUCUCCUCAUAUCCAUCCAAAUCGGCGCCUAGCAACCGUGGUUGCUUGAACCUGGCGCGGACAGCGGGAGCUAUGGUGAUAAUGGUUUCCACCCACGUAGGUGUUCGAGGGCGCUUCUCUUGCUCCCCCUCCUAUCUCUGGUUAUCCUCUUGCCUCCAGCGCGCCGCCUAUGGCUUGGGGCCGUUCUCGCCCAUCCGUCCCUUCGCGUGCUGCGCUGGAACUAUGCAAGAAAUUAAAGAAAGAAUUUCCAAGGACUGGUGGCUUUCAGAAACGGACAAACUAAGGUUGAAGAAAAAACAUAACAAAUUGUUGACAAAUAUUAGAGGAGGGGGUUGCACUGAUUUAUUACCCCAAUAUGUUGAAUCUAAAAUUGGAAAGGAAGCUGUUGAAUUAGGAAAUGUUGAAAAUGGAAGAGUUCACAUUCUUACUAAUCAUCUUCAAGACAUAAUUCACCAAGUUCCUACUCAUACUGUAAGACAUAAUUCAGCAAGUAUGAAUGAGAGUGCCGUUGAUAAUAAACACCAACAAUCAUUGAUACCAAAAAGCAGGUUCACAUUUCAAAACCCUCAGCUGGAGAGACUCAUAUUGAAUCUCCAACUGCCUCACUAUGAUCGUGUUGCAGAAGUUGUUAAUGAUGUUUCUGGUGGAACCGUGCACUCUGAAAAAUGUUUUAUAAAUGGCCAACAUAUCAAGACAUCUUCAACAGGACCACCUGCCAAGGAUUUGCAAAAGGUGUUACACCAGGAAAAAACUACUGAUGUCUAUGACAAAGUAAUUAUUGUUGAUAAUGUCUCGACAGCUAAAGAAGUAGCUGGAAGACAUAAUUCACCAAGUAUGAAUGAGAGUGCCGUUGAUAAUCGACAAUCAUUGAUACUAGAAAUCAGGCUCACUUCCCAGAACCUUCAGUUGGAGAGGGCCAUAUUGAAUCUCCAACCGCCUCAGUAUGAUCAUGUUGCCAAAGUUGUUAAUGAUGUCUCUGGUGGAACUGUCCACUCUGAAAAAUGUUUUAUCAAUGGCCAACAUAUCAAGACAUCUACAACAGGACCACCUGCCAAGGAUGUGCAAAAGGUGGUACACCAGGAAAAAACUACUGAUGUGUAUGACAAAGUAAUUAUUGUUGAUAAUGUCUCAACAGCUAAAGAAGUAGUUGUAAGACAUAAUUCAACCAGUAUGAAUGAGAGUGCCGUUGAUAAUAAACACCGACAAUCAUUGAUACCAGAAAGCAGGUCUACAUUCCAGAACCCUCAGCUGGAGAAACCCAUAUUGAAUCUCCAACUGCCUCAGUAUGAUCGUGUUGCAGAAGUUGUUAAUGAUGUUUCUUGUGGAAAAGUGCACUCUGAAAAUUGUUUUAUCAAUGGCCAACAUAUCACGACAUCUACAACAGGACCACCUGCCAAGGAUUUGCAAAAGGCGGUACACCAGGAAAAAACUACUGAUGCAUAUGACAAAGUAAUUAUUGUUGAUAAUGUCUCAACAGCUAAAGAAGUAGCUCGGCUACUUAUUACAGAUUACAAAAAUUUCAUUCAUGCAUGUGAUACUGAGGUAGCCAAUAUUGAUGUGAAGUCUGACACACCAGUUGGACAUGGGGAGGUUAUAUGUUUCAAUAUCUACUCUGGUCCACUGGCAGACUUUGGAAAUGGAAAGUCUUGUGUCUGGGUUGAUGUUCUUGAUGGUGGAGUGGAAGUGUUAAUGGAGUUUGCUCCAUUUUUUCAAGAUCCUUCUAUCAAGAAGGUUUGGCAUAAUUAUAGCUUUGAUAGUCAUAUAAUAGGAAACAAUGGGAUCAAGCUUGCUGGGUUCCAUGCGGAUACCAUGCAUCUUGCACGACUUUUUGAUUCUUCUAGGACAACCGAUGGGGGUUAUUCACUUGAAGCACUUACAAGUGACCCAAAGAUCAUGUCUCAAGGAAACUCAGAUGAUGAUGUUGAAUUAAUCAGUGGAAAGAUGUCAAUGAAAUCCAUCUUUGGUAAGAAAAAAUUAAAGAAAGAUGGAUUUGAAGGAAAAAUUAUCACACUUCCUCCUGUUGAUGUUCUACAAAGAGAAGAACGAAGAUCGUGGAUCAGAUAUUCUGCUUUAGAUGCAAUGAAUACAUUAAAACUUUUUAAUCGCUUGAAAGAAAAACUUAUGCAUGUACCAUGGUUUUUGAAAGACAGUAUACAAGGAACAAUGUAUGACUUCUAUGAAAAGUGCUGGCGCCCUUUUGGUGUUCUAUUAGUAAAGAUGGAAUCUGAAGGAAUUCUGGUCGAUAAAGUCCAUCUAUCAAAGAUUGAAAAGCUCGCUGUUGGUGAUAAGCAAAUAGUUGCAGAUAAAUUCAGACGGUGGGCAUCCAAGUAUUGUGAGGAUGCCAAGUAUAUGAAUGUGGGAAGUGAUACUCAAAUAAGGCAGCUGCUAUUUGAUGACACAUCGAGGAGAGGUCGAAAUGAUAUGAAUUUUGAGUCAAAGCCAGAGUCAAAGUCAUUUAAGGUCCCUAAUACUGAGAAAAUAGUUGAAGAAGGGAAGAAGACUCCUCUCAAGUAUCGUACAAUUCAUCUACAUAAGAUUUGUGAAGGUUUGCAAACUGAUAUGUAUACAGCCAGUGGGCUUCCGUCUGUAAGUGCUGAUGCUCUAAAAGUAUUUGCUGGAAACAUCCCCAGAAAUCAGAUUUGUCGCAUUGAUAAUGCAUGUAGUGAUGAGUAUGCCACUGAAGAAGGGAUAAUGGACGACCACAAUCUGACAGAUACUGGGACAGAUUAUGAAGACUGUUCUUAUGGUACUGCAUUUGAGGCAUUUGGAGGAGGCAAUAAAGGAAGGGAGGCCUGUGAAGCUAUUGCUGCUCUUUGUGAAACUUCUGCCAUUGAUUCACUGAUAACAAACUUCAUUAUUCCCUUGCAGGAUAAUCAUUUCUCAUGUUCCCAUGGGAGAAUUCAUUGUUCUCUGAACAUCAACACCGAAACUGGGCGCUUAUCAGCUAGGAGACCAAACCUGCAGAACCAACCUGCACUGGUGAAGGAUACGUACAAAAUUCGGCAGACUUUUAUUGCUGAACCAGGAAAAUCUCUUAUAGUUGCUGAUUAUGGGCAGCUGGAGCUUAGGAUCUUAGCACAUCUUGCGGACUGCAAAAGCAUGCUGGAGGCCUUUAAAGCUGGUGGAGAUUUCCAUUCUAGAACAGCUAUGAAUAUGUAUGCGCAUGUGUGUGAAGCUGUCAAAAAUAAGAGAGUUCUUCUUGAGUGGGAUCGUCAACCUGGAGAAGACAAGCCUCCAGUUCCUUUAUUGAAAGACGUCAAAUGGGAUUACAGCCCAUGGAUAUCUAACCACUAGGCCUAACAAGUUUACUUAAAAAUUAGGUAAAUGGAUUAUUUAUAAAUCUCAAGAUCCAUAUUAUUGAUGAAUAAAAUCUGGCUAGGCCAUCUGAGUUGGCAAAUUUCGUAUUCUGGUUAAAUUGGAUAUCUGACUUUGGCAAUGAUCAAUGUGCGGCAAAUACUCUUAUUUACGCGACUUACAAAUGAUGCUUUUGCUUCCGAGAGAAGGAAGGCUAAGAUGCUUAAUUUUUCUAUUGCAUAUGGAAAAACUCCAGUAGACCUUUCUCGUGAUUGGAAGGUUUCUAUGAAGGAAGCCAAAGAAACCCUCGAUCUUUGGUACAAGGAAAGAAAAGAAGUAAUGAAGUGACAGUAUAGACAGAAAAAGGAGGUCUGGGAAACUGGUUGUGUGAAGACAUUGCUUGGACGGUCAAGACAUUUUACUUCAAUGAUAAAUGGCGGAAGUCAGAGGGAUCACAUUGAACGAGCUGCAAUAAAUACACCAGUCCAGGGAAGUGCAGCAGAUGUCACCAUGUGUGCUAUGCUUGAAAUGGAUAAAAAUGUUCAUCUGAAGGAGCUUGGAUGGAAACUUCUGUUGCAGGUGCGUGGUGAAGUUAUACUAGAAGGACCGGCAGAGUCGGCAGAGCUCGCGAAGUCCAUAGUCGUCGAGUGCAUGUCCAAACCCUUCUUUGGCGAAAAUUUCCUUAAGGUUGACCUUGCUGUUGAUGCAAAAUGCGCCGAGAGCUGGUAUGCUGCCAAGAAACAAACAUAAGCUGCGAAUUCAAGUCCUGAUUAUUAUUUUUGCUUAGUAAUUGUCACUCAAGCAAACAUGUACACGAGGUGUCAAAACACGCGGGCUUGCUCGGGAAAGAAGCUACUGUCGAUAUUGCCUUUGGCAAGUUACCGUGUUUGGUCAGCUUACGAGCAAACUUGUAUUGUAUUAUUCGUGUAUUAGUGUUGGUUGUCGAGUGCAUGAAAGCAGAAGCUGCUAAAAUGGCGUCAUCCCCAUUGUAAAUUCUAUUCGAACCAAUUUCUCCUAGAUAUGUCAUAUGCCCAUGUUUCCCUAAUUAUGUUCUAAAACAUUCCUGGUUGAAGUGAAUAUUAUUGUAGGUUGACUGGAAA